AUGCCAGGCUGGGAAGAUAGCUCGUGGGGUUAUCAUGGUGAUGAUGGAAAAAAGUUUUUUAACGCCGAUGGCGAACCGUUUGGACCAAAAUUUAUGACCAGUGAUACUAUCGGAUGUUGCUUAAACUUUAUAAAUAAUACGGUAUUUUAUACAAGAAAUGGAGUGAAUCUAGGUAUUGCAUUUCAAGAUUUGAAAGAAGCUUUGUAUCCUUGUGUUGGAAUGAUGUCGCCAGGUGGAUCCGUAGGAGCAAACUUUGGCUAUAGAAAGUUCAAAUAUACAGCUAGUGAUAUUUAUAGCUUUUAUAUGAUUAUGUGGGAAUUUAUAUAUGGAAUUCCUCCAUUUAAUAAUGAAGCUCAUGAUUUUCAACUUAGCUUAAAUAUUUGCAAAGGUAAACGUCCUGAAAUUAUUAAAAAUAUUCAACAAUGCUAUAUAAAUUUAAUGAAAAGAUGUUGGGAUAUAGAUCCAUUAAAAAGAUUAACUGCAUCAGAAAUUAAAGAGAUUAUUAAAGUGUAA